CCAAAAAGCAAACAUACACACAAAGAGUGUAAGAGAAGAUUAUUAAAAAAAAAACAUAGAGUGAGAGAAAAUGGGUAUGAACGAGGAUUUCAACAUGGAUAAUGAAUAUGUUGUAGAUGGUGAUGAUGAUGUUCCACUUCCUGGAUUUCGAUUCCAUCCCACUGAUGAAGAACUUGUUACUUUUUAUCUUAGAAGAAAACUUGACAAGAAACCUAUUGCUAUUGAUCUUAUCAAACAAAUUGAUAUCUACAAAUAUGAUCCUUGGGAUCUUCCAAAAGCAAAUGUACCUGGAGCAGAAAAGGAAGGUUACUUUUUUUGCCAAAGAGGAAGAAAAUAUAGGAACAGCGUUAGGCCAAAUAGAGUGACUGGCUCUGGAUUCUGGAAAGCAACUGGAAUAGACAAAGCAAUUUACUCAAAUGGAGCAGAAGGAAAUGAUUGUGUUGGACUCAAAAAAACACUUGUUUACUAUCGUGGUAGUGCCGGAAAAGGCACCAAAACUGAUUGGAUGAUGCAUGAGUUUCGUCUUCCAUCAAACAUUGAUGCCAAAACAAACAUUUCCUAUCCUAAGAAUGUUGCUGAUUAUGCUCAUGAAGCUGAAAUUUGGACAUUGUGUAGAAUUUUCAAAAGAAAUGUAUCAAAAAGUAAAAGCAUGGCAGAUGUGAAACCCUUAGCUACCAAGCAUCGAACCAUUCAUGAAAAGAGUAGUAGAAUGAAUAGCAAUAUGGAGUUGAACACAAAUCAACAAACAUAUAUCAAUUUUGGACAAACCAUUCAUGAGCAUCAUUACAACGAUGACAAACCAAUCAAUAAUCAUACAAGCAGUGAUCAAAGGAAUCAAUUUCAUGUAGAUCAAUUGAGCUCUUCAGUGGAAUAUCAACCUCAACAAAUUAAUGUAACACAAUCUUCAAAUUUUUGGAUUAAGCAAGCUGCUAAUGAGUUAUUAUCAUUUGAUAAUUGGGAUGAGCUUGGAUCAGUUGUGAAUUUUGUUUCAGAUUCACCUAGUAUGUAAAUAGUAAUUCUCAUGCAGUUUUAUAUACUUGGGCAUGUUUAGAAUAGAUUUUGAAAUACAUUGAUAUCCUGGUUUUUUAGGGCUAUAUAAUUUUGUUGAUAUUAUUUGUAGUAACA